CAAAACUUGAGGUUUAUAAACAUUCUUUAAAUUAGUCUUGCAAUUAAACCAAUCCCUCUUUGCUAAUGAUGUCAGUAAUGAAAUGCAUGUGCCAAAACAAUUAGGCCAACUUGAACUGUUACUAGAACGAGCAGCUAGGCUUGAACAAACACGUUCAUCCAUACCUGAGGAGAUAAAGUAUAAAAUAUCCUUAAUUCAUUCUGACCUUCAGCAAUAUCAAUCACUCAUCAAAAGAUAUCAACACAAGUUUGCAAAGGCAGCAGAGUAUGUCUUGAAUGAACCUGUUUUUGGUGAACAGGAAGUGAUCAACUUGUGUCAGCUCAAUCAAUUAUAUGUAACAGCAGCACGAUUGUACCAGGAUGUAAACUUGGAAUAUCAUGACUAUAUUGCUUAUCAAUUAGCCUUAAUAUAUCAAUGUAUUCAUCAACAACCGGAUUUUGCUAGCUUUAAACCAAGGAUUGAAGAUAGAUUUGAUCAAUUCGUACACAGGCAAAAAAAGAUGCGCUUAAAUUCGGACCAGAUCGAAUGGUUGAAAAGUUUCUGUUUAGAUAUUCUACGACACAUCCAAGACAUAUUUUAACUAACAAUAAUCAUCUCUCAUCUCUCUUUCUCGUCUUUUGAUUUUAAGAAAGUGGUUGAUAUUCGUAUAAUUUGCUUAUCUAUAAUAAUAAAUGGUGUUGCAUACCAUUUCGAGAAGCAAGGGUGGGAAAAAUUCAAGGUUUGACAUAUUAAGAAAUUG